AUGGAUACCGCGGGCGACGACGACGACCCUCGGCUGAUGGAGCUCGAGACCCUCGAGGCGAUAUACCCCGAGAUACGGCACGCGCUCGCCCAUCCCCUGGGCGCGCCGGGAGAGGCCCCGCCGCGCUUCACGUUUGAGCUGGAGCUUCCCGUAGACCCGGCAGAGCCGGUCACCAUUCUCUUCCCAGCGCCGUCGUCUGGCUUGGCGCCGGAUGAGCGCCCGGGCCUCGCCUCUGCCUCUGCUCCCGCCGCGAUGGCCGCAGAACCACUCGAUUCCCUUCUCGUCUCUCACCUGCCCCCCUUGUCGCUGAGGAUCACGCUCCCUGACGGGUACCCCUCGCGCAAGCCGCCUGCUGUGACGAUUUCCACCACGCCGCAGUGGCUUCCGCGCGCCACGCUUCGCGCCCUCGAGGACGACGGGGCCCGGCUGUGGGAGGAGGCAGGCAGGGACAUGGUCGCCUACGCGUACAUUGACCACUUGCAGAGGGGGGCAGAGAAUGUCUUUGGCGCCGUCGGGACCGGGUCCACGCUCGAGGUCGAUGCCGAGCACAAGCUCGCCGUGUUGGAUCACGAUAUCAAUGCCAAGAAGGCGGCCUUUGACAGGGAGACGUUUGAGUGCGGGAUAUGCUUGGACCCCAAAAAGGGCCCCAGGUGCCACAAGAUGAUGGACUGCGGCCACAUCUUCUGCCUCCAAUGCCUGCGGGACUUCUACGCCGACGCCAUCGAGGAGGGCAACCUGUCGGCGGUCCGCUGCGUGACGCCAAAUUGCGCCAGGGCUCGCGCAACGUCAUCGCCGUCAACGUCCGCGGCAAAGGGGAAACCCAAGGUCUUCAUCAGCCCCAGCGAGCUCCUCCAGAUCGGUCUCCCCGAGGACUUGGUCAAGCGCUACGUGACCCUCAAGUACAAGACGGAGCUCGAGGCGGACAAGAACACAGUCUACUGCCCGCGCAGAUGGUGCAACGGAGCCGCCCGCUCGAAGCGUCAUAGAAAGCCACAAGGGCUGGAGUUUGCCGAAUCCUCGGGCGACGAGACGCCCGGCACGGUCACCGAGGACGGCGCCGCCCACCAUGUUGGCGAAAAGACGAGUGCCAAGAAAUUCGAUGCUGCGGAUUUACUGGCCGUCUGCGAGGACUGCGGCUUCGCAUUCUGCAGCAGGUGUUUGCACACGUGGCAUGGCGAGUUUGUGCGCUGCGCACCGAAACGCAACAACGGGGAGUUGGCGGAGGAGGAGAAGGCGUCUCUGGAAUAUCUACAACUACACACGAGUCCAUGUCCUACGUGUAACGCGCAUGCGCAAAAGACCCACGGGUGCAAUCACAUGAUUUGCUCGCGAUGCGACACGCAUUUCUGCUACCUGUGCUCGGCGUGGCUGGAUCCUGCGAAUCCGUAUAAGCACUUUAAUACGCAGUCUGACGGCAAGGUGACAUCUUGCUACAUGCGCCUUUGGGAGCUGGAGGCCGGCGACGGAGACGAUGUCGGACUGGGCUACGCUGGUGGACGGGAGGCAGGAGGGGUGCCCGUUGGGGGCGAGCAUCUCGCGGGAAUCGUUCCCGAGGUCGAAGAGCCCGAGUCCGACGACGACUCUGGGUCCGACAACGAAGCGGACAACGAAGCGGCGCUGGAGGCGAAUCCCCGCGCCGUUGCUGUUGCCAGAGAAGCGCCUCUCGUCCUUCGCCUGAUGGACAAUCAGCCUCCUCAGCCUCCUCCUCCUCCUCCUCCUCCUCCUCGUCCCGCCCCAGCAGCCAGAGGACGCGGCCAGGCGCACCACCGCCCCCAAGGUCGAGGAAGAGCACAGCAUCAUCACCCCGUUCCCCAAGGCGCCCCCCAUCGUCGCGGACCGCCAGCGCCACGAGCAGCCCGAGGCCAUCAUCACGGAGCAGGUCGUGGCAACGCAGCACAGCAAGACGCUCGCGAGGCAGGCGUACCCAACGCACAGCCGGGCGCCCUCGACCCAGCCCAAGAAGCCUGGGUUCGCCGCUUCGUUCAAUUGGCACUCCUCGACGUCGAGGACCAAGUUGAAGGGGGGGACUCCGAUUCCGACGAUGGCAACUGGCAGAUCCGGUGA